CUGAGUACACUGAUCUUCAAGUGGCCACCUUGGUCUUACCUGUUGUAUCCAGGAGUCAUCCACAGCUAAAAUGGGGACAUUGUCACAGGAUAAAGCCCCAGUACAGGCAAUCCUCACCCCUGCAUCAGAUACUACAGCUACGACAAAGAAGCAUGUGUUUAGAUUUGGGAAAGGAAGGAGUGAAGGCAACAAGAACAUGAAGUCCCUGUUGGGAGGGAAGGGAGCAAAUCUGGCAGAGAUGUCAAGCAUUGGGUUAUCAGUGCCACCAGGACUUACCAUAUCAACAGAAGCAUGCCAAGAGUAUCAGCAGAACGGGAAGGAACUACCAGAAGGCCUGUGGGAGGAGAUAUUGGAAGGGUUGAAGAGUGUGGAGAAGGAAAUGGUUGCUUACCUUGGUGAUCCUUCUAAGCCGCUUCUUGUAUCUGUUCGCUCUGGUGCUGCGAUCUCAAUGCCAGGCAUGAUGGACACUGUCCUGAACCUUGGACUCAAUGAUGCAGUGAUUUCUGGUUUGUCUGCAAAAAGUGGAGAGCGUUUUGCUUAUGACUCCUAUCGUCGUUUUCUAGAUAUGUUUGGAGACGUGGUCAUGGGCAUUUCACAUUCAUUGUUUGACAAGAAGCUGGAAAAGAUGAAGGAAUCAAAAGGGGUUGAACUUGAUACUGAUCUCACUGCAGCUGAUCUCAAGGAACUGGUAGAACAGUACAAGGAAGUCUAUGUAGAAGCAAGGGGUGAAGAGUUUCCUUCAGAUCCAAAGAAGCAAAUACAGCUGGCUGUUAAGGCAGUUUUUGAUUCUUGGGACAGUCCUAGGGCCAUCAAGUAUCGAAGCAUCAAUCAGAUAACUGGAUUAAAAGGAACAGCAGUAAACAUCCAAACAAUGGUAUUUGGAAACAUGGGAUAUACUUCAGGAACUGGUGUUCUGUUCACUAGAAAUCCAAGCACUGGGGAAAAGAAGCUCUAUGGAGAGUUCCUAGCGAAUGCUCAGGGAGAGGAUGUAGUUGCUGGAAUCAGAACACCAGAAGACUUGGACACGAUAAAAAGUUGCUCGCCUGAAGCUUACAAAGAACUUGUUGAGAAUUGUAGAAUUCUGGAGCAACAUUAUAAAGAUAUGAUGGAUAUUGAGUUCACUGUUCAAGAAGGUAAGUUGUGGAUGUUGCAAUGUAGAACCGGGAAGCGUACUGGUAUAGGUGCAGUUAAGAUUGCUGUAGACAUGGUGAAUGAAGGGCUUCUUGAUACUCAUGCUGCAAUUAAGAUGGUGGAGCCACAACACUUAGACCAACUCCUUCAUCCACAGUUUGAAGAUCCAUCUGCUUACAAAGAUAAAGUGGUUGCCAAGGGCUUACCUGCCUCUCCUGGCGCAGCAGUGGGGCAGAUUGUGUUCAGUGCUGAUGAUGCUGAAGCUUGGCAUGGACAAGGAAAGAGUGUGAUCUUGGUUAGGACAGAAACCAGUCCAGAGGAUAUUGGGGGUAUGCAUGCAGCUGCAGGGAUUCUGACUGCCAGAGGUGGCAUGACAUCUCAUGCAGCUGUUGUGGCACGUGGAUGGGGAAAGUGUUGUGUGUCUGGCUGUUCAGAUAUUCAUGUGAAUGAUACCGAGAAGGUUCUUGUGAUUGGAGAAAACAUGAUUAAAGAAGGAGAAUGGCUAUCACUCAAUGGUUCCACUGGUGAAGUGAUUCUAGGGAAACAACCACUCGCUCCUCCAGCACUAAGUGGUGAUUUGGAAACCUUUAUGUCUUGGGCUGAUGAAGUCAGGCAUCUCAAGGUCAUGGCAAAUGCUGACACACCUGAAGAUGCACAAACAGCAAGAAACAAUGGUGCUCAGGGGAUUGGCCUUUGCAGGACAGAACACAUGUUCUUUGCCUCAGAUGAAAGGAUAAAGGCGGUCAGAAAGAUGAUAAUGGCAGCCACGCUUGAACAGCGGAAAGCAGCCUUAGACUUGUUACUUCCUUAUCAAAGAUCUGACUUUGAGGGAAUUUUCCAAGCAAUGGAUGGCUUUCCAGUAACUAUCCGAUUGUUAGACCCUCCACUACAUGAAUUUCUUCCAGAAGGCGACAUGGAACAUAUAGUAAGUGAAUUAACUUCAGAGACAGGCACGUCUAAGGAUGAAGUUUUCUCAAGAAUUGAAAAAUUAUCUGAAGUGAAUCCUAUGCUUGGUUUCCGAGGAUGCAGGCUAGGGAUAUCAUACCCUGAGCUAACGGAGAUGCAGGCACGUGCAAUCUUUCAGGCUGCUGUCUCCAUGAGCAACCAGGGAGUCAAAGUACUUCCUGAGAUAAUGGUGCCCCUUGUUGGAACACCUCAGGAACUAGGCCAUCAAGUCAGUUUAAUACGAAGUGUUGCAAAGGAAGUCUUCUCUGAGACAGGUUGCUCCUUAAGCUAUAAGGUUGGAACCAUGAUUGAGAUCCCUAGAGCUGCCCUGGUUGCUGAUGAGAUUGCAAAGGAAGCAGAGUUCUUCUCCUUUGGAACCAAUGAUCUCACUCAAAUGACAUUUGGGUACAGCCGUGAUGAUGUUAGCAAAUUUCUCCCAAUUUACCUAUCCAAAGGCAUUCUGCAGAGUGAUCCAUUUGAGGUUCUUGAUCAGAAAGGUGUAGGCCAACUCGUCAAGAUGGCAACAGAAAAGGGUCGUGCAGCUAGGCCUAGCUUGAAGGUUGGAAUAUGUGGGGAACAUGGAGGGGAGCCUUCUUCUGUUGCAUUCUUUGCAAAGGCUGGACUGGACUAUGUUUCAUGUUCUCCAUUCAGGGUCCCUAUUGCAAGACUAGCAGCAGCUCAAGUAGUCGUCUGAAAAUAAGAUUUUGAAAAAGCAGCACCUACAUUUUUAUGUUUCUUCGCAUAAAAUUCUCUCAACAAAUACCCAGAAUAAAACCAUCUAUGUCCU